CGUUCUGCAGGUUACCUCUUCAACUACGAUCACCUUCAUAUUCUGUAUGUAGUAGGCCCACUCAGUAGUGGAUUUAAACGAGAGCCAAAUACACCGCACGAGGGAGGGAGAGAGGGGGGAGUUUCUGAAAUCGUCCGGUAUGUGCAGACAGUAUAUAUGGACAUUUUGACUGUGGGGUGUGAAGACAUAAUACAAAGCUGUUAAGGAAAGGAGUUAAAACCCUUUCUUAGAUGCUGCAGAGUGAAACAAAUGCCAGGACCAUCAGUCUUCCCUGCUACAAACAGAAAACUAUACAGUGGAGGAGAGAGGAAGACGAAACCAAAUGUUUUUAAAAAAAUGGCAAAUACCCAGGGGCUGUUGGGUUUGCCAUUGUAUUGUCAUCUCCUCCCCUUCCCCUCCCCCUCCCCAUCCCCUCCCCUUCCCCCCACCGUAUUUUUGUGGUACUUUGUGAUGACUUGCCAGACGGUGCCGUUGUGCUUCCUUGACCAUUUAUCCUCCACGUUCUUUUGAACAGAACAGUGAAUAUGUCGGAGUUAAGAAGAAUUCGUCGACAGUUUAUUACUUACACCAAAAUGCACCCUGUAGAAGAUACAAAGAAAAUUGCGAAUAUGUUUGUUCAGUACUUGAACAGUAG